AUGAAUACAUCUUUGGGUUGGGUGCUUUACGGGCCUGGUGCAACUAUCCGGGAUAAGCAAAUUAACGGACAGUCAACGGAGACAUACUUGCUCAAAGUGGAAUGUACAAGUGAAGAUUUGGAUUCGCAGCUAAAUAAAUUCUGGGACUUUGAGACCAUAGGGAUAAGAGACAAGGAAACUGUCGCUGAAUCAUUUGAAAAGAAUGUUUCAUUUACGGAUGGAAAAUAUUCUGUGGUUCUGCCGUUCAAAGAAAACUCGCCUGUAUUGCCGGACAAUUUUGAGAAUUCUGUGAAUCGUUUGAAUUCUACCUUGAAACGACUGAAGAAAACUCCAGAUGUUGUGCAAGAAUGUGAUUCAAUAAUCAACGAGCAACUGGAAAAGGGGAUUAUUGAAAAGGUUGAUUUGACCAGCCCAGUUGAAGUCGGGGAGGUGCAUUACUUGCCAAGCCAAGUUGUCAUAAGAGAAGAAGCUCUCACCACAAAAAUUCGAAUCGUUUACGAUGCUUCUAGCAAAUCAAACGGCGUUUGUUUAAAUGACACACUCCAUACAGGACCUUCAUUGACGGAACAAUUGUAUGCUAUUUUGCUCAGAUUCAGAGGGAAGAAAAUUGGACUCAUUGCAGACAUCGAAAAGGCUUUUCUUUCAAUUGCAGUCGACGAAAGCCAAAGAGAUUUUUUGAGGUUCUUAUGGGUUAAGGACAUCAAUGACGAAGAUCCUCAAAUUGUUUGUUAUCGGUUUUGUGCAGUAGUAUUUGGCCUUUGUUGCAGUCCAUUCAUUAUGAAUGCCACCUUGCAACAUCACAUAAAGAAGUACGAACAGCUCGACCCAGAACUCGUCAAAUUAAUGCUAAAUUCGUUUUAUUGCGACGAUUUAUCGACAUCUGUGAAUACAGUGGAGGAGGCGACCAGUGAGGAGUAA